UCCCUGGUGGGGUGAAGACCAGAAGAGGGUGAUGUCCUUCCUGUCUCAGAAAGUGCUGGGUGGAGAGGUUUGAUCCAGAAUGCAAGAAGUUCUUCAUGAAGGGGACAACUCCAAAUCUCCCAGGUAUUUUGGUUGAUGGGACAGUCCAGAACCAGGGCCAGAACCAGAACCGCUACAAGCCGAUCUGCCAGUUGUUCAACAACAUCUACAGGUUUGCAACUCUCUACGACACGUUCAACAGGAUCCCUGUGUUCUCAGCCUACACCUUCACUGGUCCUCCUACAGACCCCAGACCAGAUGAACCCUGGAUGAUCGAGCCCCAGCUCGAAGGGGAAAAUAACAGCCCUAUAAUGCAGAAAAUUGGAGGAGGCCAGUAUGAACACCAGGCUGGGAACUACGACUAUGGUAAAUUAAAACGAAAGAACUCAAAAAAUUAUAACGCUGUGAACAGAGGUCACCUCUUCCCAAAUUCACAUGCUCAUGACUUGGAAACUCAGGAGUCCACCUUUACCCUGACCAACAUCGUUCCCCAGGUGGUGUCCUUCAACGAUGGCAGCUGGAGAGAAAUGGAGGAAAAUGUCAGAAAAAAGCUGAUGACGGACUGUUUUAGUGACAACAGGAAUAUAGAAGCCUAUGUGGUGACUGGAGCGGUGCCCAGUAAGAGCAACACACUGAACAAACGAGUGAACAUCCCACAGCUCCUGUGGACAGCCUUCUGCUGUUUGGACAAGAACAAGAUUGACAACAAGACGAACAAGAAGAAAAAGUGGAUGGCCAAAGCACACUGGGGGUGGAACAACAAGGUACAGAAGGAAACAUUGAAUCAACUAACCUUGGGAGAACUCGAAGAGAAGUUGAACGAAUAUCACACAGAUCCUGUCAAGGUGUUCCCAGAAGAUUGUCCAAGAGGUCCUAAACCUACCACUCCCCCCCCAACCCAGUUGGAAGAAUUCCUUCCGUAGUGAGGAAUCUUUACAAUUCCAUGAGAAAUAGUUCUGGAAGGUUCUUUGGAUGAUCUGGGUACAGAUGCUCUCACCAUAUCAACAAACUAUCAUUACUGUUAGACUAAUGAUUAUCAGGGUUAUAAUGGUAAUGAGGGUUGUAAUGGUAAUGAGGGUUAUAAUGGUAAUGAGGGUUGUAAUGGUAAUGAAGGUUAUAAUGGUAAUGAGGGUUAUAAUGGUAAUGAGGGUCUAUAUACCUAUAGUCUCUACUCUUCCCUUCUCUUCUAUG